AGAGAAAGGAAAGGGUUAAGUUAAAGAGAAAGAGGGAGAUAGAGAUAGAGGGGUGUGGACACAGAGAGAUUUAUUUCCACAGCUGGCAGUAAAGCUUCUGCCCCGCACUCACUUUAGUGCUGUGGUUUUGAAGGGGGCAAGAGAGGGACUAUAAAGAGAGAAACAAAACGAGAAAGUGGAGGAAUAAAGAGAUAAAAUGGAUACCUUGGCUUUAGAGGCCACGCAGCCCAAAAAGGCUCCGAACGGAGCAGUGCCCACAACACACACCCCUGCCAAACGCAAACCUGCUAAAAAAACUAAGAAAGCUGUGGUCUUUUUUGAGGUGGAGAUUCUGGACGCCAAGACGAAGGACAAGCUCUGCUUCCUGGACAAGGUUGAGCCCAAUGCCACUAUCGGGGAAAUCAAAUCCAUGUUCCACAAGAAUCAUCCACAGUGGUAUCCGGCCAGACAGUCCAUUCGCUUGGAUCCCAAGGGGAAAUCAUUGAAGGAUGAAGACGUGCUGCAGCACCUGCCUGUGGGAACAACAGCAACCUUCUACUUCAGAGACCUGGGAGCCCAGAUCAGCUGGGUCACGGUGUUUCUGACGGAGUAUGCCGGACCUCUGCUGAUUUAUCUGAUGUUUUACUUCCGAGUUCCGUUUAUUUAUGCUUCUAAAUAUGACUUCACCACCAGCAAACACUGGGUCGUACAUUUGGCAUGUAUGUGUCACUCCUUCCACUACGUUAAGAGACUUCUAGAAACACUGUUCGUCCAUCGCUUCUCCCAUGGGACAAUGCCGCUCCGCAACAUCUUCAAGAACUGCACAUACUACUGGGGAUUUGCUGCUUGGAUGGCGUACUACAUCAACAACCCGCUCUACACACCACCAAUCUAUGGAGAACAGCAGAUCAGACUCGCCCUUAUUGUAUUCCUGUUCUGUCAGAUUGGAAACUUCUCCAUCCAUAUUGCCUUGAGAAAUCUCCGACCACCAGGAUCUAAAACCAGGAAGAUCCCGUACCCGACUAAAAACCCCUUUACCUGGAUCUUUCUGCUUGUCUCGUGCCCCAACUACACUUAUGAGUUGGGCUCAUGGCUGGGCUUCACUCUGAUGACCCAGUGUCUGCCCGUGGCGUUCUUCACCCUGGUGGGCUUCAUCCAGAUGACUGUUUGGGCGAAAGGAAAGCACCGCAGCUACCUGAAGGAGUUCCGUGACUAUCCCAAACUCCGCUCACCAAUUCUGCCCUUUGUCCUGUAGGACAGUCAUGCAGUAUUCCUCAUCUUUUAACCCUUUCUUUUACCUUUCUCUCUAUCAUCCCUCUUUUAUACUGUAU